AUGUCAUCACGUAGUUCAUCAUCAUCAUCAUCUGUGGCAUCUGAACAGACAGCAACUUCUCGUGGUACUAGUGUUAAGGAAUCAUCAUCGGCGAUUAUUUCUGCUUAUCCUACUUCAUCAGCUGAAACAAACACACUAGGAACUGUUUCACCAACAAGCAGCCACAAAUCAUCAGUAGUUAAUGCAACACCAUACGAUGCAGCCAGUAUUGCCACAACAACCAAUACGGGUUUUACAAGUGAUACACGUAUGCCGGCUACUACAGUCAUUCAACAACAGCGAAUAGGCGGUGGUACUCCUGUCAUGCAACCAUCCAUUCCAACAUCACAACAACAACUACCAGGCGUUACUACUUAUCAUGCUAAUACAUCCACGCAACCCACUGUUCGUUUAAUAGAUCCACCAUAUCAGCAAAAUGCAACUCAACCCAAGCAAACCACUGUUGGAGUAACACAUCCACAAUAUCAACAGAACAUAGUACAACCUGGAACUAACUUUUACAAUAGUUCCACUAAAUUACCUAGUGGGGGAUCUUUCUCAAAUACAGCUAAUACCAAUUUUGGUAGUGUAAUAAAUCAACAAGGACCUCACACAGGACAAUAUUAUUACCAACAAAAUCUACAAGCAGGAGUUGGAAAUCAAAUUUUUGGCCAACAAGGCUUUAAUCCAAUAUUUGGUCCAGAUGCAUUUAACGAUGUCGUAUUAAAUAUUGAUUAUGGAGCAAUGGACGCACACAAUUUAGGUAUACAAUCAUCUGGUUUUACCAGCGGAAAAAUACAGGGGAGUUUUGGUGGACCAGUAGUAGGGGGUGUUGGUGAACCAGUAAUGGAGGGUUUUGAUGCCGGUGGAUCAGUACUGGGCGGCUUUGGUGAACCAGUAUUUGGCGGUGUUGGUGGGUCAGCACUAGGGGGUUUCGGUGAACAAGUACUUGGUGGAUCAGGAUUGGGGGGCUUCGGUGAACAAGUACUUGGGGGUGUUGGUGGGUCAGUAUUUGGAGGCUUUGGUGAGCAAGUACCUGGUGGUGAUGGCGGGUCNAUCAUAUUAUUUCAGACAAUAGCAUGGGCAACAGCAAAACGAUGGAAACAUGGUUAUGACAAUGUUCAACUUCAUUUUGAUAUAUGGCGUUCAAUGAAUGGACAAUUUAAUCAACGACAAAUUGAUUCACGUUCAUCAGAUGCUAAAUGGUGUCCAUUUCAGGAUACAUCAUGA